GAAGUUGAAGUUGAAAUCAGUUGUUGUUUUUUGUGUGCAUGUGUGGAAGAAUCAUAAUGGUUCGUACAAAGAACCCAAGCUAUGUGGAAAAAUCGAAUCCCCCAGCAGAUCUCGAAGAAGAAGCAACUCGUGGAGAUGAAUCAGAACGUGAUUCCGAUAAAACGGACUCAAUUGAGAAGUCAAAUGAUAAGGAUUCAUCGGAAUCUGAGGAUGAAUCCGAUGUAAUGCAACCUUUGAGUAUGUACUUUGAUUACUCCCAGUAUACGAAGCCUUUCAAGAUGUCUGGAAAGUGUUAUAUUUCAGAGGCGGUAAACUUAUUAGGCGGUCAUCUUAAGGAAGAGGAGUUGGAAUGGUUCUUAGGGCACCCACAGUUCAAGCAUUUCUUCCAUAUGCCUAAGGAUUCGAAUCAUAAGUUGAUGAAUAAACUUUAA